AUGCCAACGCCCCUAAAACAAGGCACGACAGUCUACAAAUGGUUCCUCCCUCUAUACGACCUGUGGGUGCUAGGAGUAUGCAACAAACACGCCUGGUCCUGUCCAACAGAAUCCACCCUCCUCCCCUUCUACAAACGCAACCUCCGAACCCGCCAUCUAGAUAUCGGUCCUGGAACAGGGUACUACCUGGCCAACAGUGCCGUGUCCCCCGAAACGCAAAUCACUCUGUUGGAUCUGAAUCCGAAGUCUCUGGCUCAUGCUGCGAAUCGGCUUGGUAGAGGGGAUAGGACUGGGAAUGUGCAUAUUGUACAGGCGGAUAUUAUGGGCCCGUUGCCCUUGACUGGUGUCUUUGAUUCGAUUUCACUUUUCUUCCUGUUGCAUUGUUUGCCUGGGACUGUGCAGGAGAAAAUGGAGUUGUUUAAGAAGCUGGGGGGAAUCCUUGCGCCAGGCGGUGUGGUUUAUGGGUCUACGGUUCUUGGGAAGGGGGUUAGGUAUAAUCUUUUCGGGGGUUUCUUAUGA